GUAAAAUUUGGUCAGUCCACUUUGGUCUUGAUUUGAACGUCAACAGAGGUUGAUUUCCAGACCGGCCUUGAUUUGUGCCAAAAAUAAUAGUCUAAAAUUGGUUCAGAUUUGGUCCGCUCUGGACCACCCCUGAUUUGGCCUAAACAUAGACAUCUAUGAUUUCUUAAGAUUUGGUCAGCUCUGGAGGGGCAUAUGUUUGGUUCAGAUUUCGUCCUGUCUGGACUAACCACAUUUUUAUCAAUGUCCAUAAAAUACGUAUUCAACCUUCACUUAGAACUGAAAAUGAACGUGACUUCAACGUCUGUAAUUAUUUCUUUUCAACUUCUUUCCAAAGUCAUUUUGCUCACUCGUUUAAUUAAAAAGAAUUUGCCAGAAUUGUCCACUCAGCAACCAUUUCCACAGUUUUCCAAGGAGUCCUGGGUUCCAUAGAAUCAAGUAAAACAUAAACAUCACAUAAAUGUUGUCUAGAUAAAAACACACAUACACAAAGGCAUACACAUCAUACCCAGUAGUAAACAUACAAAAAUGGAUGAGGUUUACUCUUUGCCACUGAUCUAAGAUCAGAUUUCUAACACCCCAGCCUGAUAGCUAAGGGGAUUGGAAAGGGUGCUGAUCCUACAUCUGAUUAUGAAUAUUAUGAAUAUAGGUUCAGUUGUAGAUUAUUUUCACUAGUGGGUAAUUGAAAAGUAAAAUAAUGGAAAAUGACUUUUAGAACACACCUUAGAGAGCAUGCUGAAACUAAAUAUGCCCCAUGCUGUGUACCUUUUAUUCACUUCCUGACAUAGUAAACCCCAAUCCAUCUCCAAGUACCAAGCAGAGACACAUUUUUCCAGUCUUUGGUAUGACUUGACCACUCUCUACCAGAUCAAAUACUCAUCAUGAGAGUGGCUGAGAGUGAGUGAGAGGAAGUGUGAACAGAGAGACAAAUUAUUGCGAAACUCGAUGUAUGCUGUAGUAGGCUAGAGUAGGAGGGUGUUUGUAGUGUAGUGGGGAGGUGAUCAUACUCAGUGCAUGGCCACUCUAUAAGAUGCUCAUUUGCAUUUGCCUCACUCUAUCUGACUGAUUGAAACUUAACACCAGAGGUAACCGUUCUCUCUCUGUCAAGAUUUAUUUUGGUUAAGACAAGUUUUGCUUUCUGUGACUGCUCUUUGGGGAGGUGGUCGUUUAUGUGAAAGAUUUCCACAUUUCUCAUAUCUAGAAGUGGAAUUUGUUUCUUCACUACUUUUUGUCUUGUCUUGUCUGCUGACAAGACAACCUGAGGAGUCAUACUGUACAACCCACACUAGUGUUUGGUCUUGCUCUGGAAAAUCUCUCUGUGUCUCUCGUUGUGUGCCGGGACCCCUGGUGCGUGGACCUCGCUCGUGUACUACUUGACUACCUCUUGGAGGAUCCUUUUUCAGUUCCUUAUAAUCUCUGAUCGGAGAGAACAUGGCUGAGGGUGGUGUCCCGUACCCCUCCGUGUUCAUGGUGGAUAGCCAUGCAGCCUACCCACCGCUGCCCCCCAAACCGAGACCUCCUGGUCGGGGUGGUGUGGCCCAAAGCCUGCUGUUCUUGCUGGUUGGUCUGGCUUUGUGUGGCUUGGCCAUAGAGGCCUGCUUCAUCUACCACCUCUACUCCAAACAGGGAUCUGCGGAGUCAGGGUCAGCUGCUAUGAGUAUCCAAGACCAUGAGGAAUUUCCGAAGGAGGUUCCCCCAACUUCAAGACCAAACCCUAUUGUGUUGCCUUCAAAACCUGUUGCACAUCUGACAGCUGGUCCUCAAACACCCCAUGGAGAUGGAGUCAUGGUAUGGAACAUGCAGGCAGGACCAAUCCUUCAUGAAAUGGAGUACAAAGAUGGGAAGCUUGUCAUCCAGAAGGAAGGCUACUACUACGUCUACUCUAAGAUCUUCUUCAGUGAGGUCGAUGUUGUGUUCACACACUCGGUCUGCAGAACUACUCCACGGUACCUUGGGAAGGACAUUGAACUGCUUAAGUCCAGGAGAUAUCACCCCAAGUUUGGGAAAAUGAUGUCCACAUCAAACAGCUACCUGGGAGGGGUGUUCCACCUCUUUGAAGAUGACUCCCUCUUUGUCAAAGUGAAAAAUGUCACUCAAGUUCGGAUGCAACAUUCCACAGAGAACGUGUUUGGUAUCUAUAUGAUAUAAUACGGGUUGAUGAUGAACAUAUUUUUUUUAGAUAGCUGGCUGAUUAUCAUUGGUUUAAGGCAUAAUAAUACUGUAGGCCAAUUUACAUGUAAUAUUGCUACGCAGGGCCUUCCCCUUUCCCGGCACACUCUCAUUUUCUUUAAACAAAUCCUUGCAUCAAGAUGCAUUUCGAUGAGUGGAAAAUGUACUGUUGAAUAAAAAGCCAUGUGCCAUACACUAGGCUACAGUUGAGCAGAGGCGUUUUUAGGAUUUCCACACAUGGAUUUUUUUUAGCAGGGUCGUAAAAUAAUCGGCCUUUGAAAAAAGGCGUGUCAUGCAGUUCUAAGUCAUUUACAUGAAAGACAUUGGUUGAAUCAUUUUAUUACCACACAACUGACUGAAAUGGCUGGCUACUCUGACACUGACCAACUGAGAUCAAUCUGGUCUUGAAUUCAAACAAACAAUAGCCCAGGCCAAUGAAGCGACACACAGAUUGUACAAUAUUCAGAGGAAAGGUUACUAAAUAAAAUGUUGAGUGGCACACUGAUUCACCUUAUGAUGAAGAUGAAGCCAUAGGCUUCUCACGGUGAGGGCUGAUGCGCUAGCUGUGGCAAUAGCCUAUCUCAAGAUGAGCUACUUUGAAAAAACAGUGCUGUUGUUAGCUAAAAAUUGGGAGUUGUUAAGAAUUUUUUUUUAUUGGUUCUAAAGACUGAUUAGUCUUCUCUUUUCACCAGUAGGCAUUUGUUUUCCAAACAGUGUGUUUUUCCCACAAUUUAAUUUUGAAAUCUACAAUCCAUAGAUCCAUAGAUGGCAGUUCCCAUUCAAGUCAGAACUGGCAUCCAUUGCUAGUGUACCCAUGAGUUUAACAGUCAAAUCCCCAGGGUAAGAGGUUACAAAACACUUCAAUGGAGUAUAUAUCUAUGGCCAAAAAGCAACAAGCUGUAGCCUAUUUGGGGCACAUGACCUUCCUGACUGUAGGCAUACCAGUAACUGCCAAAAUAAAGGAAAUACAUGAGUAACCAAGGGAUACAGUAUGUUAUGGUAUGGGGUGCGUUUUCCUGGCAUGGUUUAUAUCCACAUGUAUAAUCUCAGGAGCAUUGAAGCUGUUCUGGAAGCUCAUGGUGGCAGCACCCUUUUAAGACACUUUUUGUUGGUGUAAUUGUGGAAGACAUCUGUAUGUGCUUGUGAUAAAACUUAAUUCACAGUUUUUUUUAAAUAAACGAUUUAUCCUCUGUG